UCUCGCAGUCUUUUAGACGUGUCGGCAUAAUCGAUAGAAAAUUGCAAAAAUAUUAUUUUACCAAAAGUGCAUAAUAAUGAAACUACAAAAUGGAAUUUUAAUUUUAAUGGGCUGCAGCAUGUUGCUUAUGGUUCAUGCAACUGGCAAUAAGCACCAUCAACAACAACAACAACAGAAUCAAGAAAUCUGGGAACAAGACCUUUCGGACACUUUCAAAAUCGAGGGCAGCGAUCAGGGCAUACAGAAGGUCAAUCUAAAAUGUGGAGCAAACUCAAUGAACGUGAUGCUGGAAACGGAGAAACCCUUCACAGGUGUCAUGUACACCCGUGGAAGUUUCUAUAAGCAGACGCCACCUUGCUUCAUGAAGCCAACACAACAGCAGGGAUCUCGGUCGCUCGAAAUGAAUUUCGAGUUGGAUCAAUGUCAGACCCUUAAGGAAGGUGAACUCUAUACUAAUAUUGUGGUAAUCCAAAAUGAUCCGGAAUUGAUAACACCCGGAGAUUCGGCUUUCUCGUUGGAAUGUGAUUUCCGUCAGCCACGAAGCUUGGAUGUUGAGGCCAGUAUGCAGACCAGGGAUAGAGUUGCGACAGGUUCCAAAAUUACACUCACUAGUCCUGAUCCAGCAGCACCUACGGAACACUUACACAAUUCGGUGUUUAGUCCAAGUGAUACAGUUGAAUAUAUACCAAAGUUUAGUAAACCAAAUGAAACCAUACGCUUGGGCUCUGUGGAGCAAGUCGAACUCCAUGAAAGAGAUGAACUCUAACCAAAAACAAAACUAUAUUUGCACUUAGUACUUUCUUAACAAACAUCAUAAACAACACAACACAAAAACAAAAAUUACAAAAACACUCCAAACAACAGGAAAAACACAACGGCACCAGCUUUGAAUGCAACGGAAACGGAACACCCAGGCGAAUCUAAGGAAUAUUAACACACACAUUUUUAUGCAAAACAUCAAUUGUGUAUUCAUUUUCAUUCUAAAAUGGUUUCUUUCAUAUCCUGUGAUAAUUUUUUAAGUUUGGUUUUAAA